AUGGGCUCUGCCUCUGCUCUAUCUGCCGGAAGCGUGUAUUAUGCUGUGAUGGCGAACCGCGGACAAGAGAACGAAGAACGCGCGACAUCAGGACGCAACUUCUGCAAGCAGUGCGGCUCGAUGCUCUGGCUCUUCAUGCCGCAGUGGCCCGAGAGCAUUCUUCCAUAUGCAUCGGCUAUCGAUACCCCGCUCCUGCCGGCGGAGGAAAUGGGCGUAAUCAUGCUUGCCUCAAAGCCGGACUGGGUGCGGUUGCCAGAGGGAAAGAAGAAGACGUUCGAGCAUUACCCUGACGAGUCCCCUGAACAGUGGCACAAGCGCCACGGUCUGUGGAUUGAGUAA